AUGUGCGUUGUCGAGGUGCUCGCUCUGGUGCCUGGGGACAUGGACAUGGACAUGGUCUACAUGAGCUCUGGCUCUGGCUCUGGCUCUGGCUCUGGCUCUGGCUCUGGCUCUGGCUCUGGCUCUGGCUCUGGCUCUGGCUCUGGCUCUGGCUCUGGCUCUGGCUCUGGCUCUGGCUCUGGCUCUGGCUCUGGCUCUGGCUCUGGCUCUGGCUCUGGCUCUGGCUCUGGCUCUGGCUCGGGCUCGGCUCUGGCCACUCUGUCCAGUUUCCCCGGAGCCGUCAAAUGCCAGCUCUUCGUAUUUCCCCUCCCCACCCCCACGACUUAG